AUGUCCAUGUUCAAGACCCUUCAGAAUAAUCCAGGUGUCAUCACUUUCUUCAACAAUUCUCAAUCACCAAUCUCUAAAUCUUUAUUAUCAAAAUUACAAAAAUCUGUUAAACCAUAUCAUGUUAAGAAAGAUCCAGAUGGUAAACAAGGUAUAUUUGAUAAAUUUUUAAAUGGACAUGCUGAUUCUGAAAGUAAAACUCCUAGAGCAAAAUAUAACAUUGAAUUAGUUGAAGCAGGAUUCCCGACUUAUGAUCAAUUGAAGAUUAUUAGAUCAUUUGUUAAAACUCAUCCAAGUUCAAAAGCAACAUUUACUCAAGUUUUCCCAAAAUUUAUAAGAGAAUCAUCACCAUCAAGUGGUGGUAAUGGUGGUAAUAAGUUUAAUGCUAAUGAUAUUGAGAUUCCAGAUGAACAAGAUACAAUUGAAUUGAUUAAUAAAGAUUUUGAUGAAUUAUUACAAAAUGAUUGGUUUAAACCUCCAUUAAUUAUUGAUUGGGAUAAUCAAUUGAUUGCAAAUAAUGAAUCUUCAUUGGAUCGUAUCUUGAAACAUUAUAGUGCAGAAAAUCAUUCAAAUGGUGAUUAA